AUACCACCAAGGAAAUAGGAAAUGGAAUGGCAGAUUAUGCUAAUGAUGCUGUACAUAAUAAAUAUGGUAUCGUGACCCUUAAAGAUUAUGAUAAAUAUUGUUAUUAUGCCGCAGGAUUGCCUGGCAUUAGUCUUACCAGAUUAUUUGCCGUCAGUGGAUUGGAAGACCCAGGAAUUGUGGGAUUAUUUAUACAAAAAACCGGUAUUAUUCGAGAUUAUUUAGUUGAUGAUCAAGAGGGACGUCAAUGGUGGCCAAAGGAAAUUUGGUCUAAAUAUUUUGACGACUUUUCAGAACUAAAGAAACCAGAAAAUGUAACGGGUGCUGUUAAUUGCCUAUUAGAUAUUAUUCACAAUGCACUUCUACAUGUACCUGAUU